AUGGUGCCGCGUCUCUUGCGCAGCCUCGGGGCUUUUGGAGCAUGGCUGGUCGCCGCCGUGUUGACUGCUGCCAUGUUGCUGGUCUCGCCCAUGGUCGCAGGUCUGUGGGGCGAAGUCUGGGCCGCGCUGGCCACGGGCGUUUUGCCCUUGUUCUUCUUUGCUUUGCCCCUGGUGGUGCUGCUGCGCCGGGCGCGUGCCCGGAACCGGGUUCCGACCCUGGCCCUGGCAUUGGGGCUGGCGACGCAGAAAGGGGCGCUUGUGCUGUGGAAUCUCAUAGAAUCCUUUGUGGUGGGCCUAGAGCCUUGGCUGGGCGCACUCUGUGGCAUUUGGGCGGCCGUGCUGUGCAGCCGGGCGUUGGUCUGUGACCGUGACGGCCAACUUCCGAUGGGCUCCUCUACCCCAGCCACGGUGUAG